GGACCAAAGACAUCUGCUCCCCUCCCAGAGAGCUGAAGGAGUCUUCGAGCUCAGAGCAAGAGCUGGCAGCAUCUCCCCUCAGAUGGAUCUCUGAGCAUCUCCACUGCUGAGAGGGGCAGCCCCUCGUCCCCACAGGCAACAUGGCUCAGGACAUGACAGAGAAGGAGCUGCUGAAGAUGGAGCUGGAUCAGCUGAAGAAGGAGGUGAAGAACGAGAGGCAAAUGAUCUCCAAGACUGGCAAAGAGCUCAAGGACUACAUCGAGUCCAUGGCAGGUGAGGAUCCACUGCUGAAAGGAGUCCCUGAGGACAAGAACCCCUUUAAGGAGAAGGGUGGCUGUACAAUAAGCUGACCCCCUGCUGCUGGCACCGCCGGGCACGGGGACCUUCCCGUGUGCAAGCCAAGACUGUCAGAAACCUGCUUUCCCUGUAGUCUUGACCUCAGCACUGGGGAGCCCAGAACCAAAGCCUAGGAUGUCAAAAGAUGGCAAAAGAAGACCAAAAAAAAAAAA